GGCUCCUGGCUGGCCAUGGAGCUCGCCCUGCGCCUGCUGCUCCUGCGCCUGGCCUUGGCUGUCUUCACCUGCUCCGCCUCAGUGCCUUAUUCUGGAAAGUCCAUCCAGUCAUUCAGCAAAGAUGCUUAUGGAUCAGUGGGCUCACUGGAUGACCAGACUAAGUCUCUCCUCAGGGGCAGAGACAGCAUCACCAGGGAUGAUCCCAUGGAGGGCCAGCCCUUGCCUUCAACUGCCAGUCAAAAGGUGAAAGUAGCCAAUGCACACUUGCAGACCCUGGACAAAAAGAAGAAGAUCAAAAAUUUAGUAGAGAAUCACACAGGUCUGAGGAAGCAGCCAGUUUUGCAAGACAAAGCUUUUCCUUCCAACAACCAUGAGGAGGGUACUCCUUCCAUCAAUUCCUUCAGUCAAACCAACCGAAUGCACACAAAUAGGCUCCAGCUGGAAGCCACCAAUAGCAUCUCUGCCUACUUUCACCUGCCAGUAUAUCUCCAUCAUCAUGAAAGACUACUGGCAGAAACACCAACAUUAAAAAAUGUUGAGCUUGGCACUGGGCAAAACUCUCGUGGCUUGGAUCACUUCAACCGACCUGGCAAGGUACACUCUAACUACAAACUCAGCCAUUCCCUCAGAAAUGCCACUAAACCCUCCUGGAUUACAAACCGACAGACAUCAAGCUGGUUGGCUCACUUCACUUUCUUAAAGAAUGGUGCUGACAGUACUGAAAUAUGUCUGAAUGACUGCAGAAGAGAGCAUGAGGAAUUGGAAGCCUACUGUAGCAGUGAAUUUGUAGUGAAUGGGAUUGUUCACGAUAUUGCCACAAUACAUAAAGGAACACGUUUGGUGACACUGUUGGUAAACAGUAAUGGAUUGUACAAGAUGACCCGCCUCUACCUCAACCCUGAUGGCUUCUUCUUCCGAGUUCACAUGCUAGUUGUGGAUGCCUUGAACUGCAGUAAACCCUGUCCAGACUUCAGACUGGGUUGCCGAUACAUUGUGAUGGGUCAGCUCUACCACAGGAGGCGGCAACUUCCUGCAGCUCUGCAAGAGCAUGUGAGAGGACGGCUGAGGCCAGGGGAUGGCCUGCUUUGGAGGGGCAGAAGCUAUGUGAAAAGGUUCAACCGAAGGUGGCAUCAGAAAGUUCAAAGGGCAGCACACACCAAAUGCGGAUGAGGAUACAGCAGACACAGCUCCUCUGGGGCACUAGCAGGUUGGACUGCUGCUGGAAAAAGAGAAUUCCUGGCUUUUGCCGUAAGGCCAGGGGAGCAGGUCUCCUGGUUUCAUGUCUAGUGGGGUGGUGGCAGAGGGUGGGAGGAGAAAGCUGUGGCACCCAGUUGUCGAGGCAUGAGCUGCAAUUGGACUCAAUCACCCAUCAGCUGACGCUACACAAAAACCACAAUAAAACAGUUUGUGUUUCAAGCCAUAUAGUUGCUGUGGAAUUUUUUUACAGCUUAGGCCAAUCUGCUUUUAGCCUAGCCUCAAUUUAUAGUUAAACAGAAUUCCACAGCUGAUAGCCUUAUCCUUCAGGAGCAACUCAUUUUUUGAAAUAAAAACAAGAAUACAAGAGUAUGAGAUUUCUCUGUUUAUGAAAAUUAGGCCUUCUCCAUUCCUCCCUCUCACUAUGAUCUCUUCUUUCAUAAAGCUUUCCUAGUCUACCAGGGAAGGUGUAGGAAGGCACGGGAUGUGCCAUAUUGGGCCGGAAUUGGGAAGGGGAAUUCACAAAUGUUAAGGGGCUUGCAUAAAUCAUGUCACCAUUCACCUUUGUUUAUUUACAGAAGUUAUUUAUUUUGGGGGUUUCUGCUAACCUCAGAUGCACAAAUAUUCCUGAGCCAGUAAAGCUGAUAUUAGCUCUCCAAAUGGCAAACGUCUUUCAUUACUAAGUUAUUUCUGUUGUUUAUU